GCCGCCCCGCUUCCGCUUCCGGGUCUCCGGAGAAGAUGGCGGCGGCCUCCAGCCUCUCGAAGGCCGAGUACCUGAGGCGGCGCUACCUGGAGGGCGGCGAUGCCGAGGCGGGCAAGAAGCGGCGGCGGAAGAAGGCGGCGGCGGCGGCGGAGGGCCGGAUGCGCAUCGUGGACGACGACGACGUGAGCUGGAAGAGCAGGCCUGCCGAUGAGGGCCAGGAGGAGGAAGAGGAGGGGGACGAGAGCGACCUGCCCGUGGUGGCUGAAUUUAUUGAUGAGCGGCCAGAUGAAGUUAAAUGGAUGGAAACUUUCCGAGCAAGUAACAAAUGGAAGUUAUUAGGAGAUCAGAAUGAAGAGUCACAGUUAUUUGGACAUUCUACGACAACCGCAUCAAUAAGCAGUUCAGAAACCUCCAGAACAAAUGAAAAAAAGCAUUUGUUGGACCAGUCCCCGCCUAGGAGGGCCCAUCAUGCCCAGCCUGAUCUGUCUCCUAAAAGAGAGCCUUCAUCAGGCACAAAUCGUGUGAAAGGCUCGAGUGGAAGCCAGUGUGAACUGUUCUCAGAUGAACGCUCCGCCAGCCAGAAGUAUAAGGCGGCGGCUGGUGCUGAUCUGUCGCUGCCUUGCAAGAAAGCAUCUCGUGCGGAGGGAGACUUGCUGCUGCCUCAGAAGGGGCUGCCAUCCAGAAGCACCCUGAAGCCCCAGCCAACAGCAGCAUCACCAAGGAAGCGGCAGAGACAUGAUUCAGAAUCUAGUUCUGGUUCUUCUCCGACAAGGAGGCGAGCUCAAGCCACCUCAGAUUCGGACCUUUCGCCACCACGGGCCACUGGCCGACCAGGCGCACGGCGACCAAAUUCUCCUUCUGAUCUCUCCCCUCCGAGAAGGAAUCGGCACAAAUCUUCAGAUUCGGACUUAUCUCCUCCUCGAAGAGGAGCAGAAGCAAAAAAGAAAGGCCACAAGUCCAGGAGUCCCUCUACUAUCUUGCCACGUCAUCAGGCCAUGGAGUCCAAUGGGAGCAGCCAGAGGAUGCUGUCAGGGGGCAAAGCUGGCUUGGUAUCAGCUGAUCUGUUGAGAAAGGAGCAGCAGGAACGUAAGAAGGCUGGCAGCAGCAACAAUAGCAAACAUCUGGAGGAUGAAUCUCGGCACGCGAAGACAGUUUUCCGGGAUGAGAUGGGCCGUAAGAGGGACCUGAAGCAGGAGCGGCUGGAGCAGCGCAAAAGAGCAGAAGAGAAGUCUGAGCGGGACGAGCAGUAUGCCAAGUGGGGGAAAGGCCUGGCACAGAGCCGGCAGCAGCAGCAAAACGUGGAAGAUGCAGUGAAGGAAAUGCAGAAGCCCCUGGCGAGGUACAUCGAUGACCAGGACUUGGAUCAGAUGCUGCGGGAGCAGGAGCGAGAAGGAGACCCCAUGGCCGACUUCAUGAGGAAGAAGAAGGCGGCCAAGGAGGGGCAAGGCACCAAAGAAAAGCCGAAGUAUAAUGGGCCAGCUCCCCCACUGAACAGGUUUAACAUCUGGCCAGGCUACCGCUGGGAUGGAGUAGAUAGGUCCAACGGUUUUGAGAAGAAGCGCUUUGCCAGAAUAGCAAGUAAAAAAGCGACACAGGAACUCGCAUACAAGUGGAGUGUGGAGGACAUGUGAGCAUCCGGCCCAAACCAGGACAAAGAUUUUUAAUCCUCCUCCUACCAGAGUUCACCACCUAGAAUCUGCAGGAGAGCCGCUGUGCCCAGCGCAGCUGCAUAGAAGCCCCGGGAUGCGGAGGGUGUUUGAAGCUGUUGGAACGGAGACCCCUGGGAUGUCAGGAAGGCAGCUGAAAGGCAGAACUCACAGGGCAGGCGGAGGAUGCUGCAGCUGGUCGUCACCUCUUGUCCCAAUGGCCAGGUAUUUUGGGGAGGGAGAGGCACAGAGAAGAUACGGCUCUUGUCUCCGUGCUCUCCGUCUCCCUGGACAGGUUGCUCCCGCUGAAUAGUUUGGUUGUGGGGCUUUCCUGGUGUAAAGCAUCCUCACCCUUCCGGUCUCUUGGGAACUUCCAUGGCAUCCCUGGAGCAGGGGGUCCGUUUCUUCAACGAGUUCUCCUUAAAGGACUUGCUGGCAUAGUGAGAUUUGGCUGCCAUCUCCUUUUUGGCCAAUCCAGAAAGCUUGCUUGGAAAAUCAACUUGCAGCGUCUCCAUUCUCACUGCUUCUGCAGCAUAAAUCCGGGAGGCUGUUCUGGGGAAUCCCUGCAAGCUGCAGAGAAGCGCAAAGGACGUUUACGGAGAAAGCGGGUUCUGCAGAGCUGCGGGGCUCUUCACAGAUUUUCAGUACUUGCUGCAAUUUAAGUGUACAGUUUGUAAAUAACAGGUUUCUUUUUUCCUAA